UGACACUUCUCGGUGGACACCGUCCCUGCACCUCCACCACUUCCACUCGGCCUGCCCGUACCUACCUUACCAGACUUACCUACCUGCAAGCGCACCACAUCCUGCCGUCCACCUCUUCUAGUGUAGGUAAAGGAAGUGCACCCAUCUGCGUGCUGUACUUGAAGAAGUUUGAGUGUGUGUUGCCCCUGUUUCACGAAUGCCCGUUCGUCCCUUGUGCUCACUGACUGCUAUUUCUGACUGCGACAUCGACAACGACUGGACUUUUGCCUUGUGUCUUUCCAAUUUGGCUGCCGGUGCUUCUCCUUCCCCUCCCCUGAAGCCCCCCCCCCAGCGUUUCUUCAACUUCACUUCUUUUUACUUUGACACUUUAGCAGGCCACUGCAUUUUGCUCUUGUUGUUCCUUCCUAGUUCCGUCGGCGAUCACCGCCAACUUCAUGCUCAUCACCCAGGUACCUAGUCGACUAUCCAGGUAGUGAUUUGGUCCCAUAUCCGGAUAGUUGGAUCCCACGACAAGGAGACCGGCAUUGAGCUCCGUUGAAAGAGACCCCCGCUGCUAUCACGGUGCCUGCGUCGUCUCCAUCCCCAGGCCACUCGGCGGCGCUGCGCCCCCCCUUUAAUCCCAGACCCGCCAGACUUACCCACCUUCCCGCCGCCUAGUUCAACUGGCUCUUCGAGAAACGACACUGACGGGAUCAACCACCCCGGACCCCGACUUGGACUACCCUGACGGAUCGUAUACCGUAUUCACCGGCCUCUCCUCAAUCAGACCUAGGCGAGGAUUAUCAGCUGGGAUCCUGCUUGCCUCAGCCUCACUCCAGCGUCGCGCGCCGACCAAAAACUCUCGCUGCCCCUGCUGCCACAAGUUUUCCCACAGUUAAUUCAUCCCAAACAUCAUCGUCUCUGCUACAUACCACCGACUCAUCCUAUCGAGCGAUAGCCCUCCUUACCACAAUGCCGGGCUUCGCGGACUCCUUCUGGUCCAACGACUACGCCGCAGGCCUCGGGGUCCUGUUUGGCAAGCUCCAGCAAGGCGUGGUCGAAAACCGCCAACUCCUGACCAUCGCUCGCAUGCGCGCCGAAGCCGAGGACGUGUAUGGUCAGCGUCUAUCCGAAAUCGCCCCUGCCGUUGACAAGAUCCCGAACGGCUUCAACCGCGACGAUGGCGCAAGUGUGCGCAAGGCUUAUGAGGGUGUGCGGACCGAGAUGGAAGACGCCUCCAAGAACCACAAGAAAAUUGCGCAAAACAUCCGAGAUCUAGUUGUGAACCCCUUUACGCGCUGGUGCGACGCCCACGAAUCUCGGCUACAAAAUUCGCAGGAAGAGCUCCAGGCAAAGAUCAAGGCCCACGACAAACAAGCCGAACUCGUCAAGAAGCUGCGCAGCAACUAUUUCAACAAGUGCCGCCUGGUAGAGGAUCUCGAAGAAGAAAACAAGUUGGCCUUCCAAGACCCCGAAUCGGCAGCGAGCCCGAAACCCAAGCAGCCAAUUCCCGAAAUCAAGGUUGAGCCCGAGGAGGAGGAAGAUGACGAGCCGUACGAGAUUGGCGAUGAGACCUAUUCGCCUGACCAGAUCAAGAAGAUCCUCGCCCACAUGCUCAACAACAUCAAGAUGGGCGAGACCAAGGUCCCGAUCCUGGGAACGUACCAGAACACAUCGGCUGGUACGGAUAUUGUCGAAUACUUGCAGCGGCAUAUGGGCACUACGAGCAUCAGUUAUGCUGAGAGAAUCGGCCAGGAUCUCAUCACCCACGGCUUCCUGCGUCUGAUCGGUAAUGUCGGAAACACUUUCGCCAACAGUUCCAGGAUGUCCUACCAAUGGCGCCCUCAGGCGUUCAAGCUGGCUGGUGUUCCGGAAAAGAAGGCUCCCGUUGGCCGAACAUUCUCGAUGCCCCUAUCCAACGGAUCCGAAGGGAACGACUCGCCAGUUGUCGGUGUCGUGAGCGAGUACCUUGCCAACUGGAACAUCCCCGGUGUCAACAAUGGACGCCCCAACGAGACUCCGUCUGAGCGCAUGCGCCGUGAGGCCAGAGAAGCUGAUGAGAAGUACAAGGCUGCCGUCCAGAAGCUGGAUGAGAUGCGGUGUGAGCUGGAGGAGGCCAUCUUUCUGCACCUCAAGUUCCUCGAGCGUUGCGAGCUUGACAGGCUCAAGGCUAUCAAGACCGUGGUGUUGGACUUUUCUGGUACCAUCAGCAACGUCAUUCCCAGUCUGCAAUCUACUGUAGACAACAUGAUGCUUUACCAGGAGACGGUCCAGCCAUUGGGCGACCUCCGUUACCUGCUGGAGAACUAUCGGACUGGCAGCUUUGUGCCCAAGGUUGUGACCUACGAAAACUACUACAACAAGGUUGAUGAGCAAACAUUUGGUGUAGAUCUCGAGGCCCGUGCUCGGGCGGAUAAGAAGCGUGUGCCGAUCAUUGUCACUACUCUGCUAACGUACCUGGAUCACCACUACCCGGAUCUAGAGGGCGAUGAGGCUCGACGUGGGGUAUGGCUUCAUGAAGUCUCCCUCAAGGACACCCACAAGCUGCGCGCCAAGGUCAACAAUGGAAAGCCUCCCUCGUUGGAAGUCUUUGCCGAGUUUGAUGUUCCCACCGUCGCCAGUCUGUUGAAACUCUACCUACUCGAACUUCCUGACUCUCUGGUAUCCUCUCAUGUCUACGAAAUCAUCCGGACCAUCUACAACACAACACAAGAUAGCAGCGAAGACGCCCGCAUCCCUGUUCUCCAACAGACUCUGUCGCAGCUACGGCUCACCAACAUUGCUACCCUCGAUGCUUGCAUGAACCACUUCACCCGAUUGAUCGAGCUCACUUCUGCCGACGAGGAGUAUGUGGCCAAGCUGGCAACUACCUUGGCCCCAUGCAUUCUCCGCCCACGUACCGAAACAUCACUCACCAUGGAAGAGAAGCACGCCUACCGCUUGAUUCGCGAUCUGUUCGCGCAUAAGGAUGCCAUCUUCAGUGAAUUGAAGCGCAUGUCCACUCUUGGCGCCUCUGCGACCAUUUCGGGAAACAACAACCGUCCACGCGCAAUUUCCACCGACGAGAGCAACCGCAGGGCGAACAUGGAAGAGCGAAACCGAUUGAUUCUGGAGAAGGCCAAUGGUGGCAGAAGCAGAGCUACAUCGCCGGCACCGGGACCACGCGCUCACCGUCGCGACAGGAGCGUUGGCGGACCUGAGACCCGAUUCCCCAUUUCCCCCAGCGGUAUUACGAGCCCUACUUCUAGCCAGCAGCAUGGCAAGAGGCCAAGCCUGGGCCCUGUAUUGCCCAAGAGGUCCAGUCUCGAGGUUCCGGAAGAGGCUGGUUCAGCCAUAAGCCACCCAGCCGAUGGAAAUUCGAAUGGCGCUGCCCCUGCUGAGGCCGGGACGCCUAAGUCCGAAACGGCUGACCCCUUGGCGGAUAAGCGUAGCAGCUUAGUAGAGAAGCGCAACAGCCUGGGUCGGAGUGGUGCACGCAUCUCGGUUGGCCGUCGCAUCCCUGUGGUUGCCUCGACGACAGCCGCCUCUCAACAGCCAAGCGGAACCGAAAAGGAGAACUUGAGUGGCGGCCACGCGCCAGUGACGCUUGUGGACGCUCCAAUGGAUGACUAGAGGCGAGUGGUUGGAGCUAGAUAGAGGUGGUCGGUUUGGUUGGGUAGCAUUGGAAAAGAUGGAAACUUGGUAAUUACGAAUCGAAUGAUAAACUAUGACAUUUUUAUCCAUACCGUUUCUACACUCCCCUUUCGUUGCUUUAAAUAUCAAAACGUGUAGAAUCAGAGCAGGCCAUGAAAUGGAAAGUCCGGCUGGGAAGGUGACGCCAAGAUCAUCGGCUAUUCUGUUGUCGAUGAGAAGCCGCCGUGGACGCAUUCACUUGCCUCGAGCGAGAGAGUAAGACUGACAAGACCGAGAAGAUACUGAACAUACACACAAUGACGACUGAGCACUACCUUCCUAGCCUAUGAAUAAAAAUCUCGUACAAGUGAGAUCUUUCCCAAGAGUGUAGGUAUUGAAGGGAAGGUUAGGUUUUCAAUCCUUGUAAAGUGGAAAGGUCCACUCGGCGAGGAAUAUGAUAAGACGCUGUGUUGGACUAGCGAGAUUGGAGAGAUGUGUGUAGAUUGGAGAAC